UACUAUUCAGAUCCUCCUGCAGCAUGUACUUUUGUAUAUAAGGAUAUUGAACAAAACAUUUCCCACAUAUUUUGUCUCAACAAGCUUCUUUAUUUUAUUUCAUUGCUAAUCGGUUAUCGAUUUUCAAAGGAGAUGGCUCUGCAAGGGAAACUUGAGAUGGAAAUAGAAAUCAAGGCACCUGCUGCUAAGUUCUAUAACAUUCUCAGGAAACAAAAUCACCAUAUUCCCAAUAUCUCAGAUAGCAUACAUGCCAUUGAUCUACAUGAAGGUGAUUGGGAAACUCCAGGCUCUGUUAAACAAUGGACUUAUACCUUAGAUGGAAACGCACCCCUGUGCGUCAAGGAAACCGUUGAAGAGGUAGAUGAUCAAAACAAAACGAUCAAAUUCAAUUGCUUGGAAGGAGAAGUUCUCAAGGAAUUCAAGAGCUUCAAGGCCAUUGUUCAAGUAACUCCCAAGGCCGGCGAGGGUAGCCUAGUGAAAUGGACCAUAGAAUUUGAGAAGGUAAACGGGGACAUUCCAUCUCCAGAUGCUUACCUGGAACUUGCGCAGAAGAUGACCAAAGAUAUUGAUGAUCAUCUUGUCGAGGCAUAGCACCAUGCAUGGUUCUAUCCUUGUAUAUAUACUGUAUAUACCUUAUGAAAGAUUUGUAUGCACGACGGCUUCUAUGUCAAACGAAGUCUCCAUGAAUUGUGGUUCCUACAUGUGAGGUCUCCUAAUUCAAUCCUGGUUAUAAUUUCGUGUUGUGCAGGGGAAUUCGUGAAAAAUAAGAAGAAGUGGAAGUGUGGAUUUUCUACUGUUGUUUGUUUGUGGUUGUAAUAAUUUAAAUUUCCUGAGGGCUUGAUGGAGCUUUCUUGUGUUUUUCUUUUUCGUUCAUGACUUGGUGUAAAUUAAGCCAUUGCAGUACUGUGAAGUUUGGAAUCUUAAUGAUAUGGUUAUUUCUUGCGCAUAGCAUAA